CGAGUCUGGGGGACCGCGGGACCAAGAGGAACGGAGACGCAGGCCGGGACUGGGGUACCAGGGGGUGUGGGAUGGAGAUGGAGAACCAAAACCGGGACUUGAGGGAUCCAGAAAUGGAAACCCAGGUCUGGGACUGGGUUCUGGAAAUGGCUGGGGAUGGAGGACCGGGACCGGAGGAACCAGAGACAGAGACUCAGGCUUAUGGAUUUGGGGGGGGGGACCUUUGGAUGGAGACCCAGGCCCAGGUCUGGGGGAACCAGGGUGGGUGGAGAGAAUGGAGACCAGGUCAGAGACUCGAGGAUCUGGGGACAGAGGCUCAGGCCCAGGACUGGAGGAGAUCUAGGACUCUUGUAUCUAAGCCUGCUUUGGGCUCGGGGAUGGGGGCGCUGGUCAGUUCAAGUUUAGGGGCGGGGCCCGAGGGAGCUUCCCAGGGCAGGGGGCAGAAGUGACUUCUGAGGGUGAGUCCACAGAUGGGGGUGCGUCUGGGGCUGCUCUGGGCCGGGGAAGGUGAGGGGCAGGCCUGGCAGCUGGCUGGGUGGGCGGGGCAGUGGGGAACAAAGGUGAGCAGGAAGGAGGCAGAAACUGGGCAGAGGGCAGGGGGAAGGCCUCUGGGGAGGGGACCUCAGGCCCGGCUCCCACCCCCUCCCUGGAGAGCAGGCGGCCAGACGCCCAGAGGCCAGACCAGGAGCUGACCUGCAGCUGGGGCCACAGGCCUAGAAGCGCCCUGGACAGGGCCGAGGCCAUGGCCCCCCCACCGCCUCCACCACUGGCCGCCAGCACCCCGCUCCUGCAUGGCGAGUUCGGCUCCUACCCGGCCCGGGGAUCCCGCUUAGCCCUCACUCUCACACCACAGGCCCUGCACAUACAGCGGCUGCGCCCGAAGCCCGAAGCCCGGCCCCGGGGCGGCCUGGUCCCGUUGGCCGAGGUGUCAGGCUGCUGCACCCUGCGGAGCCGCAACCCCUCAGACGCGGCGGCCUACUUCUGCAUCUACACCUACCCGCAGGGCCGGCGCGGGGGCCGGCGCAGAGCUGCCCGCACCUUUCGCGCCGACGGGGCAGCCGCCUACGAGGAGAACCGCGCUGAGGCCCAGCGCUGGGCCACUGCCCUCAUGUGUCUGCUCCGUGGACUGCCACUGCCUGGGGACAGGGAAAUAACCCCCGAGCUGCUGCCAAGGCCACCCCGAUUGCUCCUAUUGGUCAAUCCCUAUGGGGGGCGGGGUCUGGCCUGGCAGUGGUGUAAGAACCACGUGCUGCCCAUGAUCUCUGAGGCCGGGCUGUCCUUCAACCUCAUCCAGACAGAACGGCAGAACCACGCCCGGGAGCUGGUUCAGGGGCUGAGCCUGAGUGAGUGGGACGGCAUCGUCACAGUCUCGGGAGACGGGCUGCUCUUCGAGGUGCUGAACGGACUCCUAGACCGCCCUGACUGGGAAGAAGCUGUGAAGACACCCGUGGGCAUCCUCCCCUGUGGCUCAGGCAACGCCCUGGCCGGAGCUGUGAACCAGCACGGGGGGUUUGAACCUGCCCUGGGUGUUGACCUGCUGCUCAACUGCUCGCUGCUCCUCUGCCGGGGGGGCAGCCGCCCGCUGGACCUGCUCUCUGUGACGCUGGCCUCGGGCUCCCGCUGUUUCUCCUUCUUGUCUGUGGCCUGGGGCUUCGUGUCAGACGUGGACAUCCAGAGCGAGCGCUUCAGGGCCCUGGGCAGCGCCCGCUUCACACUGGGCACGGUGCUGGGCCUUGCCACCCUGCACACCUACCGCGGACGCCUCUCCUACCUCCCUGCUGCUGUGGAACCUGCCUCCCCCACCCCUGCCCACGGCCUGCCCCGUGCCAAGUCAGAGCUGACCCUGGCCCCGGCCCCGGCCCCAGCCCCACCUGUGGCACACUCACCCCUGCAUCGCUCAGUGUCUGAUCUGCCUCUGCCCCUGCCCCAGCCUGCCCUGGCCUCCCCUGGCUCACCUGAGCCCCUGCCCAUCCUGUCCCUCAAUGGUGGGGGCCCAGAGUUGGUCGGGGACUGGGGUGGGGCUGGGGAUGCCCCACUGUCCCCAGACCCCUUGCUGCCCUCACCACCUAGCUCCCCGAAGGCUUUACUGUCACCCAUCACUGAGGGGGUCCCAGAAAUGCCAGCCUCCUCUGGGCUCCCACCUCCCACCCCUGAUGCCCUGGGAGCCAUCUCUACCGGGGGCCCACCUGACCACCUGCUCCCACCUCUGGGCACCCCACUGCCCCCAGGGUGGGUGACGCUGGAGGGGGACUUUGUGCUUAUGUUGGCCAUCUCACCCAGCCACCUGGGGGCUGACCUGGUGGCAGCUCCCCAUGCGCGCUUUGACGACGGCCUGCUGCACCUGUGCUGGGUGCGCGGUGGCAUCUCGCGGGCUGCGCUGCUGCGCCUUUUUCUGGCCAUGGAGCGAGGUAGCCACUUCAGCCUGGGCUGUCCGCAGCUGGGCUACGCUGCGGCCCGUGCCUUUCGCCUCGAGCCUCUCACGCCUCGCGGCGUGCUCACUGUGGACGGAGAGCAGGUGGAGUAUGGGCCACUGCAGGCGCAGGUGCAUCCAGGCCUUGGCACACUGCUCACUGGGCCACCGGGGCGCGCGGGUCAGGACCCUUGACCCUAAGGAAGCUUGCUGCCCGCCAGGGGCGGGGCCGGCAUUCCGAAAAGGCGGGGCCUGGCCUAGGGGCGGGGCCUAGCUGCUAGAGUUAGGGUGAAGGCCCCACACGCAGGGACCAGAGGUAAGGUGGGAUGGAGUGUGGCCCGAACUCCAGGGGGUCGGGGUCAUCAAGGUCACCGACAACGGGCUGGCCCCGACGGUAGUGCCUGACUAAUGAGGGCGGAGCUCGGUCCAGACCCUCGCUUCCGGCUCGUGGGAGGCCAGGUCCGCUGAGGGCGGAGACUGUCUUACGCGUUGUCCAAUGACGGGACCUGGCAUGUACGGGCCGGGGAGGCCUUAGUUAAUUGGCCAGUCAGGGCCCGGUCUCGCCCUACCCACUCCGGUGCCUCCACUUAACUGGCCAAUCAGCCCAGGAGGGGCAGGUUCCCCGGGGCCGACGCUCGGAUUUGCACUAAUGUUCCUCCCACCCACCGCCGGUGGGGACGAGGAAACUCAUUUCUCCCGUCUUCUGUCUCUUGUGCGUCCCCUGACCCCAAUCUUCAAAGCAAUUGAAAAGGUCUAUGCAAUAAAGGCAGUCGCUUCAUUCCUCUCA